AUGUUUAUCGUAUUCCUGUCAUUCAUUUACAAUGCUGUUGCAAUUCCUUUCCGUGAGGCCUUCGAUACCUAUGACACAGCGGACUACAUGCAGAUCUGGCUUAUCAUGGACUGCAGUGCUGAUGCCAUCUACGUCCUUGACGUCUUGCUUUUCAGGCCCCGGUUACGCUACAUUGAUGGUGGAAUUGUGAAGGUGGAGUCCUGCAAUAAAUAA